ACUCACGCUGAACGGCACUCACUCUAACACUCAAGCCUUGAGCCGCUCCGGAAAAACGGUGCGCACCCAACAACUCACCACCGCCGAGCUGGAGGGUCACAGUUGGAGCAGAGAAGCUAUAGACUCCGACCAGAAAAACAGUUAAGAUGUCUACCUACCUGUCCUCUGAAUGCCGCCGGGUCAGUCCGUCUGUUAACGGCAACAAAUUUGACACGGCGCACCGCAAGAAAGCCGUGGCCAACAUUUUCGAGAAUGUCAACCAGGACGCGCUGAUGAGGCUGUUCCAGAAAACGGGCGACAUGAAGGCGGAGGAGAGAGUGAGGAGCAUCUUCUCCUACACACAGGACCCGGAGGAGACGGCCCGGGCCCUGAUGGCUCUGAAGCAGCGAAAGAAGGACAAAUUCCUCCAGAUCGCAGGGAUGGUCCGGCAGAUGUUUAAGCUGCGUUGACUGUGUUUUAACAGUCGUUUGUCUCUGUAUGUCGGCUCGUGUGUGAGCCGAAUGUGAAAACAUUCCCAAUGUGACUGGGCUGCUGCCGCAGGUGUGGCUCACCUGCCGCCUGGAAAAGAUCGUCAGGUGCAGAAGGGAAAAGAGCAGCUGGCCCGCGUGAAGGCGGCUGUCGCCUCAUGGACGGAGGUGACAGCGCAGAGUCCUGCCGGGAGCGGGUUGGAGCAAGAUGAACUAAAUGGGAAUAUGAAGGGAAUACAUUCAAGUCUUCCUGCAGACUUGAAUUCACUGAUGCACUCCAAUGGGUGCGUGACUGUACAGGUGCACAUCACUGUGUUGAUGAUGGUGCACAGCUGCAGUAUGAGACUUCAUGGUGCCGUGGACCCUGCCUGUAUGAAUGCCUAUCCUGAACACAUGCCUUGUCCCUCAGCUUUACUUUGUUGUACGAUUACCACUCAUAGUGGCUACUGUGUUAUUGUCACCGAAAUGUCUGAGCACACUGAAUUGCAUUUAUGAAACAUAAAUUUUUAAUAAAUUAUUUUGUUGUAUACUAAAGUUGAA